AUGGUGCGCGAUCGGCCGGGCGCCUCCUCUGCGCCAGGCUGGCACGCGGCCGAGCCGUCUCCUGGCAUGCGCGCGGGUGUGCUCCCGUGCCAGUCUGUCCAUCCCCGAAAUUGGCCCAGAUGCCCAGCUGGCCCAAAGACGGUCUGCAAAGGGUGCACAGUUGGCCCAGAUGCCUCCGACGAGGUAGGACCCCAAGACGACCUCAAGACGGCCAGGGAGGCUUGCCAGUUGGCCUGGCACGCGCCGGGGGUGUUUUCUUGUUGUGCGAGUAUUCAGCUUGUCUGGGUGCGGCCGACCAGAGCGGAAACACAACAGAAACGCGGUGCUUCUGCUCGGAAACUGACGGGAGUUCACCUGCAGGACAAUGCGAAGAUCGGCAAAUUCUCGCCGUGA